CAGCUGCCAGACGGGAGCUAAGCGGAACACCAGACCUGAGGCCCGGGCUGGGCAGGGGUAAGGAGUAGCUGGUUACUCCCUGGCUCCCAGUGGGGUCCUCGGUGUGCCCUGCCCUACCUGCCGCAGAAUGGAGCUGCGCCCCUACCAGUGGGAGGUGAUCAUGCCUGCCCUGGAGGGCAAGAAUAUCAUCAUAUGGCUGCCCACGGGCUCCGGCAAGACCCGGGCAGCCGCGUAUGUGGCCAAGAGGCAUUUAGAGACGGUGGAUGGAGCCAAGGUGGUGGUACUGGUCAACCGGGUGCACCUGGUGACCCAGCAUGGUGAGGAGUUCAGCCGGAUGCUGGAGGGUCGCUGGACCAUGACAACCCUGAGUGGGGACAUGGGCCUACGGGCUGGCUUUCGCCAUGUGGUUCAGUCCCACCACCUGCUCAUCUGCACAGCUGAGCUGCUGCAGACGGCGCUGACCAGCGCUGAUGUGGAGGAGCACGUGGAACUCACAGCCUUCUCCCUGAUCGUGGUGGACGAGUGUCACCACACACACAAGGAAACUGUCUACAAUGCCAUCCUGAGCCGGUACCUAGAACAUAAGCUACAGAGGGCACAGCGCCUACCCCAGGUGCUGGGACUUACGGCCUCUCCUGGCACCGGCGGGGCCUGCAAGCUCGAUGGGGCCAUUGACCACAUCCUGCAGCUCUGUGCCAACUUGGAUACAUGGCGUAUCAUGUCACCUGAGCAGUGCCUUCCCCAGCUGCAGGAGCACAGACCCAAGCCCUGCAAGCAGUAUGACCUCUGCCAAAGGCGCAGCCAGGACCCAUUUGGGGACUUGAUAAAGAAGCUCAUGAAACAGAUUCACGGCCGCCUGGGGAAGUCUGAGUUGAGCCAGGACUUUGGGACACAGACGUAUGAGCAGCAGGUGGUGGAGCUGAGCAAGGAUGCGGCCGAGGAGGGACUUCAGGAGAGGCGGGUGUAUGCCCUGCACCUCCGAAGGUACAACGACGCCCUGCUCAUUCAUGACACUGUCCGCGCCCUCGAUGCUCUGGCUAUGCUGCAGGAUUUCUACCACAGGGAGCGCGCCACUAAAACCCAGAUCCUGCACGCCGAGCAGUGGCUGCUGGAAUUGUUCAGUGGCCACAAGACUAUGCUGGCCAGUUUGGCAACUCAAGGCCCCAAGAACCCGAAACUGGAGAUGCUGGAACAGAUCUUACUGGAACAGUUUAGGAGUCCCGAUAAUCCCCGGGGCAUCAUCUUCACCCAGACACGUCAGAGCACUGGCUCCCUCCUGCUCUGGCUCCAACAACAGCCUGGCCUGCAGACAGUGGACAUCAGGGCCCAGAUGCUGGUUGGGGCUGGCAACAACAGCCAGAGCACCCACAUGACCCAGAGAGAUCAGCAAGAAGUGAUCCGGAAAUUCCGGACAGGCUCCUUGAACCUCCUGGUGGCCACAAGUGUGGCAGAGGAGGGACUGGACAUUGCUCAGUGCAAUGUCGUGGUGCGCUACGGACUCCUGACCAACGAAAUCUCCAUGGUCCAGGCUCGGGGCCGGGCUCGGGCUGGUCAGAGCGUGUACUCCUUUGUGGCGACAGAGGGCAGCCGAGAGCUGCGGCGGGAGCUGACCAAUGAGGCGCUGGAGACACUGAUGGAGCAGGCAGUGGCCACGGUGCAGAGGAUGGACCGGGCCGAGUACCAGGCCAAGAUCCGGGACCUGCAGCAGGAAGCCCUGAUCAAGCGGGCAGUCCGGGCAGCCAAGCGGGAGAGCCAGCGGCAGCAGUUCCCCCCAGAGCAUGUGCAACUGCUCUGCAUCAACUGCAUGGUGGCUGUGGGCCAGGGGAGUGACAUUCGGAAGGUGGAGGGGACCCACCAUGUCAACGUGAACCCCAACUUCUCAGUCUACUACAACCUGUCCCAGGAGCCUGUGACCAUAGACAGAGUCUUCAAGGACUGGAGGCCCGGAUGUGCCAUUAGCUGCAGGAACUGUGGGGAGGUCUGGGGUCUGCAAAUGAUCUAUAAGUCAGUAAACCUGCCGGCUCUUAAAAUACGUAGCAUGCUGCUGCAGACCCCUAACGGACGGAUCCAGGCUAAAAAGUGGUCCCGGGUGCCCUUCCCUGUGGCUGACUUUAACCUGGUGGAGCACUAUACCCAGAACCUAUCAGAUCUCUCCCUGCAUUAACCACAUCAUCACUGCAGUACCUGGAUCAGACUGCAGAUGGCAGCAGCCAUCCCGUGGACAGAGCCAGGGUCCACGCCUCUGUUUCCUGCAUCACCAGCCUGGAGGAACUCUUGGCACCAGGGCUGACUCUGGAUCCCACAGAGAGGAGGCAACGAGAGGCAGGGCCACUGGUCAGCCCCAGACCCCUGCACCUUGCCACAUACACAUAUGCAGAUACACUGGAUGAACUCGGGGGAAACUGAGGCAGGAGAAUUGCCCUAUUGUUCUUAGGAAGCACAGUAUCCCUCGCCUGCCAAAGCCAUUCCUGUUUUGUGAGGCUCUUCAUAACUUAAAAAUUAAAAAAAAAUGGGGAAAAAUGCAUGGCAUUUCAACACUGAUUUUGUUAAGGUAUAGAUGGUAGAAAACAAACUUCACACGGUGAUAAUGUAAAGUUCAAUAAUCAAGAUGCUGAAACCAGGCACUAGUGGCUCACACCUGUAAUCCUAGCUACUCGGGAGGCUGAGAUCUG